AAGCUUGGAUGUGACUCUUGAUCUCGAGAACCUCUUUACGCUGGCCGCAUUGUGUGUUGGUCUGUAUGGGUGUGUACGUGACUGCCUGUGUUCAUGUCGCCUCACGUCUCAGCUCAGAUGUUGUAUGAGGUUUAAGUUAAAGUAACAUCUUCAAAGAUGUGCUUGCAUUAUAUUCGUAGCUGUUUAGAGUAGUCGGGCGUUGGUGCUGAGGCAGUUGGAUGUGUGCGUGCGUGUGGAUGUGGAUGUGAGCGUGUGGAGGGGUGAUGUGGUGGUUUCAGCAGGGGUUCUGCUGGCUGCCUGCGGUGCUGGUAGUCUGGUCCACCACCACCUUCGUGCUGUCCUACUGCAUCGCUGUGCUGCUGGGUCACACCGAACCCAUACUGCCGUAUAUCAGUGACACGGGCACCCAAGUCCCAGAGCGCUGUGUGUAUGGCUUCAUGCUCUGCAUCACCUCAUUCUUAGGUGCAGCCACAGUCUAUGUGCGGUACAAGCAAGUCCAGACGUUGACCUCCCCCAGUGAGCAUCUCCUACACCUCCUGAAUGCCCUCGGCGUCUUACUGGGCAUGCUCAGUUGCCUGGGCAUGUGUGUCAUUGCCAACUUCCAGAAAACAGACGUGAUAGGCGUGCACCUGUUUGGAGCAGGGUUGACCUUCGCAGCCGGGUCACUCUACAUCCUGGUGCAGACGGGCGUGUCGUACCGCAUGCAGCCCCGUUUCCAUGGGAAGGGCAUCCUGUUUGGCCGCACGCUGGUGGGGCUGUGGUCCCUCAUCAGCAUCCUCACUUUGUUCGUGUCGUCUGUCAUCAUGUACGAUGAGGAGCCUGAGGUGUUCACAGCCGCCAAGGUGCGCUGGACAGCUACAGAAUCGGGCUACAUAGCUCAUCUGGUGAGCGCUGCAGCUGAGUGGUCCCUGGCCUUCUCCUUCAUCGCCUUCUUCCUCACCUACAUACGGGACUUCCAGAAACUGCGCCUUCGAGUCCAGGCCAUCCUGCAGUGUAACCACCUCUACAACUACGCCCACUAUGACGGCCGGGUGCACGUUCACCGUGGAGAGCGAUCGCCUCUUCUGGCAGGUAGCAUAUAAGCUUCAGAUCCUGACAAGUCUCCCCCUGCUGUUGCGGAGUAGGAACAGCUGUUUUGACCUGGAAUCUUGUGUGUCAUUUUCCUGGAUCCUACAGCACUACUGUGUGUUUACACUUGACACAUAUUAGUAGACAUUCCUUUCAUGAAUGAAUGCUUUCACCUUGUCGUGAAAGAACCUUCUUGAAAUGUGGCUGACUUACUGUGUAGAGUUAUGUGCCCUGAGGGCCUAAGAAACCUACAAGAGAACUACAAGGUUAUUCUUCUGAGGCCAACAAAGCGCACAUAAACACAUGAAGGUGGGGCACUAAGGUUACUUAGUUAAGCUCCAGUGUUUUGUAUUAGUAAAAAAAUAGUGUCAUAUGUAUAGUAUAGCUGCUGUAGUCUGUAUAAUUAUUUUAGGCUGUGCAUAUCUAGCUUUUCUACAUUCUUGUACCUUCAUAUUAUUAUGCUCUGAAAUGCAUUUCAGUUGCAGAUAUAGUAGGCCUUAUAUACCUUUUCUUUUUUGAGGUUUUAUGCCUUUAUUUAGGAUAGUGUGACAGGAAAUGAGUAUGGGGGAGAGAGAGGGAAGGAUUGGGAAAAGACCUCAGGUCUGAAUCGAACCCGGGUCCCCUUUGUAUAUCUUUUCCAAAUUUGUUUUGAUCUGAAAUACUUUUCAGUCACACAUCUGUUGUUGCUAUUCUUUGAUGCUUUAUAAGCGAUGCUGGCCUGAGGACAUUCUGAGAGAAAGGAGAACUAAAGCAGAACAUUGAUGAAAUGUUUUCUUUCCAAGCCUGAUGCCAUACUUACAAAACAAU